UAUUUAAGUAUGUAUCCUCGCUAAUACAGGAGAUACGAGUCAACAUAUAAAGUUAUAUUAGUUAUAUUUACACUGUUUCGAGUACAAAUAGCAUGUAAAUAAUUUUAUACAGUGCUAUUUUAUUUACGAAAAAUUAGUAUUGCACGCUUCUAAACUCAUUGUAAAGUAGAAGAUCUUAGCAUUAUUAUUUUUACAUUAUAAUAUUUAAACUUAGUUUCAGGCGUGUUUUGUGUUAUUAAUAGUGAUUUAUGAAAAAAUUGAGACUUAACUACAAAACUUUAUCGAAGAUUCACUGUGUUGUGUUUUGGAUAAUCGAAAUAUUAAAAUUUAUAAAUUCAUGAUCCAACUUCGAAAAAACAUUCAUGUCUUCGAAUUUUACAAAAAAUAUAUUGGCUCCAAAUAUAUUUAGAAGUGCAAGUGGCCGCCAAAUUGUGUUAACUGAGAAAAAUGAUACGAUAAAUGUUGAGUUUCAAAAUCAGAUCUUAGAGUUUCAAUUAUACAAUGAUCACAAAUUUGUCAAUUUUUGGCUGGACAUUCUCAUAUUUUUAUUAAGUGUAUUUUUUUUUAGUAUCCAUUAUUCAUGCUAUUCAGCUCUAUUAUUUACAAUUCUAAUUAUUAUUGUGAAAUGUAAAUUAAUUGCUUUAGCUGUAGAUAUUGAUACAUUAUUAGUUGUUGAAUCAGUUGGAAUACAAAUUAUCAAGAAACGAGUUUUGAAUUGUUUUGAAUCAAACAUUUUCCUUCCCUGGAACACAGUUAAGGACGUAUUUAUUCAUGAAGUUAUAACUGGUCAUAAAGUCUUGUACUACUUGGCCAUUAUCGUAAAAGAUUCAUCGAAUGAAAUACACGGAAUAAAAUUAAUUACACUUUUUCGUCAGCUUGAGCCUGAAAAAAAAUGCCUGGAAUACAUGUACGGACGCCUGAUAAAUUUGAUUGGUUCUAUCGAGAAAAAGAACCAAUUUUAACUGUACCAGGAUCUUAUUGGUUAUGCCACAAAAAAAGUAUUUAUAAAUUUACUUUUAAAUACCAUCGACAAUCAAAAGAUAUUAAACAAUUCAAUUAUGGAAAAGACCUUAUGAAAGUAAUUCGUCGUAUUAUAAAAUCCCAACCACGUCAAGGUCAACAAUUUGGUACGCAGCAUCUUUUAGUUACUUAUAAUCAUUCAUCGUGGACUCGUCAAGAUAAAAUGUUUGCUAUGCUAAAGUUUCGCGAGAAAACAAGUGCUACGGCAUUUUCUCGUGCUUUCAUACUUACUGUAAAAAUUGUUUCUACUAAUUUAAAUUAUAAAAAUGAAACAAAACUUGAUGAUGAUCUGGUAGAGUAUAAUACAGAUAAAAAACCAAACAAAUGGUCUGAAAUAGUUAAAAAACAAAGUUCUGAAGAAUCAAUUACGACAUCCAUUAUUAAUACAUCACAAAAUAUCCAAUCUGCAUCAAUAACUCUUAAAAAAGAGGAAAUGUGCAAUAAUUCUACAAAAUGUCAAGUUACAAACUGUGAUGAUAUUUCAGAUAGUGUGAAAAUGCCUUUUUCCAGUUCCGUAAAUAGUAAUUCGUGUAUAGAAAAAUCUUUUGCUUCAUUUCUUCCAGAACUUAAAGAAUCGCCUUUCAUAGAAGAAUGUAUUUCAAAACAACAAAAUCCUUCAAAAACUGAAUAUACCAUCAAUGAUAAAGCAGAAAGUUUUAAUGAAGUCCAAGAGUCUGUAGAUAUGCCAUAUCAAUAUUUGAUAGAACGAGAAAUUGAGCGAAAAAAUUUCAAGGGCACUGGUAAUUCAAAUGUACAAUCACUUAUUCCAAAGAAUGUGCCGGAGAAGCCAACACGAGAUUCACGUAAUGAGUCUGCAGUAUUUCGAGCUAAGUCUGUUUCGACUUCUAAUAUAAUCGAUAAUGCAACAGCUCGUUCAGCUAAUAUCACAGAUCUUGUUAUGGAAGGCCUUAUGUUUACAAUUACUCAAAAUCAAGAUAGUAUUAAAGUUUUUGAACAAAAAACAAAAUCGGAGCCAGAUGAAGUUUUAGAAAACUCCGAAAAAGCUGAAACACUUGAAGGGAGUAAACACCUAAUUAAUUCUAGUUUAUUUAAACUAGAAAAUUUGAUAACAAAAAUUGAAAUGUCAAACAGUCCUCAAAUGCAAUCUGAACAUGAAAAAGAUAAUAAAACUACAUUCCUAUCAAGUAUUUUUCGUAAAAAUGAUUCGAGGAAGCAAGAAAGAGCUAAGAAAUCAUAUAUUGAAGUAAAUGGUAAUAACGAUAAAGAUAAUACAGAUAUUGUUUUGUUAUCUAAUAAAAAUAAGGACAAAUCUACAGAAAAAAUACUUGAAUCGAAGCCUUAUCGAUUAUCGAUGGAUUCCUCAAAAACGGAAGAUCCGAAAAUUCCUUUAUUGGAAUAUUCAAGUGAUAGUACGGAAAAUAUUCAUGAUAAUAUACUAAAACAAUUUAAGAACAAAAAUUCUUUAGAUUCAAAACCAAUAAUAAAAAAAAAUAUGUUACCAGAACAUAUUAGCAAAAAUGUUCCUAUAGAACCAUCAAAAAAUAAAAGUGAAAAAGACAAAAAUGUAAAUUUUAAUUUUAAUAUCUAUAAUAAUAACGUCAAUACUAAUGUGGAUUAUUGGAAUGCGAAUGACGACGAAGAAGAAAUUAUACCAGAAGCUCUUCAAAACCAUCAAUCUAUUUGUUCCAAAAUCCAUAAUAAUAGUGCAUCAUCAACUCAAGUUCAUGAGAGUCAUUUAUUAAUGGACGAUAUCGAAUCAGAAAGAGGAUCUUAUUCACUUAAUAAUAGCAAAUUAAUAAAUAAAUUACAUGUACCACGAGUGAUAUCUAAUGAAGCAGUUAAAUAUGAUUUAUCAUCACUACGUACACCAAUAGUUUCAGAAUUAAACUCAAAUGCAAGUACUCCAAUCGUGAAUACUGAAAUACAGUGUCAGAACAAAUUGGGAUCUUGUAUUCAUCAAAAUGAGCAUCAAUCAUGUGAAAGAGUCAUCAAUUCUACAAGAAAAAAACUUAUUGCCAGACGCCGACUUUACACUGAAAAAUCGAAUACUGACAAAAAAGAAACGGCAAUAGAAAUGUGGAAAUUCUUACAAGAUAUUACACAUGGUGUUAAAAUAGUCUUACAACGAUUAAGUUAUUAGAACAGCCACGAUAGAAAACAUUUUAACGGAUCAACAUUCAACUUAAACAUGUGAAUUACAAGCGUAGUAAAAAGUUAAAAGUGUGUGCGCUACACCUACAUAAAGAUUCAAUGUCGAAUAUAUAUUUAAUGAUGAAUUAUGACUCAAUUAUAUGUGAAAAGCAGUAAAUUCAUUCUUAUUAUUAUUAUUAUUAUUAUGAGAUAUUACUAUGAUUUUUUUUAAUUUAAAUAUCGAAUAGUAAUAAAAUUUAAUCGACUUCGGCAAAAUGAUCCAUCGAAAAAAAGACACCGACUUUCAUCGUAAUAGCCAGAUAAUAUCCUACAUUGUACAUAUUAGAAAAUUUAAUAAUUAUGACUAGUAUAAUUUAUCUCCAUUACUAGUAUCAUUUUACCGAGCAUCUACCGUUGUAUUAAAUUGCAUACUGUAAAUGGUCAAUGAGUAAUUUAUGUUUAUUUUUAAUUAAUAUUUAUAAUUAACAAUCGAAUGUGAAAAAAAAUAUUUAUCAGAUAAAAUAGAUGAUUAUAGUCAAAAUUAAAUUCAAUGAGCCUAAAAAUCUUUUGACAUUAUUGGGUUUUAUCAGUAAUGCUAUUAUUGUUGAAAAUAAUUUUGAUGACAUAAUGAUUUAUAUAAACUGACUAAUAACUUGGAAUUUAUAUAACAAAAAAUCUGUAAUAAAUAAAAGUAAAAUA